AUGGACGGAAAGCUUAUUUCCAUCAAAAAACCAAUUACUACCAACUCUGGUAACAGUUACGCAGAUUGCAAAGGAAAUAUCAGCAUGAAUUUUAUGACCAUUUGCGAUUAUAAAAAAAGAUUUAUUCACAUUGCAACUGGUACAUCUGGUAGUCUUCAUGACGCUUGUGUGUUAAAGUUGGGUGAUCUUUAUCAGGAUCUGAUUUACCGAGGACUAGAGACGUGUCUGGAAAAUACGUAUAUAAUUGCUGAUUUGGCGUAUUCACUGUUACCCCAACUUUUGACACCGUUCAUUGCUGCCUGUGGAGAUACAUCCAAAAACCAAGAAACUGUUCCACUUACCACGGGACAGAAACUAUAUAAUGCACACCUUUACUUGAAGGAUGUUGAAAUACUGACUCGAGCAAUCAUGACAUGCUGUGUUUUACACAACUUGUAUAUAAAUGCUGAUGAUACUUGGGAACUUGAAGAGAAUGGAGACGAUGAUAUCUUGGGAAUUUUUCGAAAUUCAGAUAAUGAAGAUGGUGCUGUAUUUGGGCUGUGA